AUGGGCGAUCUCGUGUUUCGCACGCUUCGCAACCUGCACCUGCACCUCCUAGAGAACGUGCAGAUCGACGCGCAGCAGGCGAGCGUCGAGCGGCAGGUGCUGCGCCUCGACGACGAGAAGGCGCUGCUCGAGGCGGAGCGCGACCUGCUGCGCCGCGAGCACCUGCUGCUGCGAGCCGACGAGGAGGCGCUCGAGCGCGUCGAGGCGGAACUCCGCGCGGAGAAGCUUGCGCUCGAGGCGGACCGCGACCGCCUCAUGGCGCAAGGACAGUACCUCGCCGCUGCUGCCGCCGCCGCCGCGGCGGAAGCGAUGGGGGGAGCAAGAAGGGGAGCGGAAGUGAGCCCGGCGGGGGAGGUCUUGGCGGAAGCGGAAGACGAGAUUGCGCGGGGGUGCUCUUCGAGCGGGGAAGGAAGCGGCGGCUCAGGGUCUGGGGGGGGGAGGGGGAAGAGGGGGGAUUGCGCGGGGUGCGGGGAGUGCCUGUGCGCGGUAGAGGUGGUGGAGGCGGAAGGGCAGCUGGAGGCUUCCGCGUGUGUGGCGGGGACGCGGUGGAAGGGCUCCACUGCCGCUUGGGGAGGCUUGCGCGGAGAGCAUCUCCGCGCCACGGGGGCUUGUCCGCGCGCCCUUGCUGCGCACGAGAGUGUCUCUGUUUCCGCGCGAGAGAUCUGCGCGCCUGCUGAUUGCGCGCCCUCCGCUUCUAAUGCGCCUCUAGACGAAGCAGCUGUUGCGCCCGCGCGCAGCACCUCACUCGCAGCAACAAAAGGAGACGAAUGUGUUGGCGGGAAAUGGCGGCUGAAAUUCGAAGCGGCGGCAGCCAGAGCUGCUGACACGGCUGGCCUGGCUGAAAGCCUGCUGUUUGACAGGUCAGCACGGCCGGCUGCUGACGCGGCUGGCCCAAGUGGAAGCCUUCUGUUUGACAGGUCAGCACGACCGGUGGCGGCAGAAUCAAGCCGGUCAGCGGAGGAGAGGUGGUCAAGUGAGACGAGUGGUGCGGUUGGAGCAGCUGAAGAUGAAUCCAGGGGCAGCGGUGCAGAGGCUGCGGUGGCGUGUGGGCGUGCAGAGUUGCCAAGUGGGGCAGAGGGCGAGGUAACUAGUGGGACCCGUGCAGAUGCAGGCGAGCGGCAGGAAGAGGAGACGCGGCAGCUAGGGAGGCUGGUGCAGCGGGAGCAGGUGCAGCGGGAGCAGGUGCAGCGGGAACAGGUGCAGCAGGAACAGGUGCAGCCGGAACAGGUGCAGCGGGAACAGGUGCAGCGGGAACAGGCACCAGAAGCGUUGGCGUCGCAGCUAGGGAGGUUGGUGCAGCGGGAGCAGGUGGUGGUGGCGCUGAUUCAGAAGGCCAUCGCGCAGCACAAGGUGGUGCUGGCGCGCUGCGACAUGGCCUCCGUGCGCUACGAGACGCUCAUCGUGAGGCGCGACGCGGUUACCGCGCAGUACAACCUGGUGUUACGGCUGAAGAAGCAGAUGAUCGAGGAUAUGAAGCAGUUUAAGGCAGAAAGGGAGAGAACCGACGACUGGCGCGUGGGGGGGUUGGGGGCUCCGCUUUCUUUUGCUUCCACCGCUUCUCUUUCUCCUUCGCAUGUUGCUGCUGCCACGUCUACUCUGCCCGUCUCUCCUGCUGCUGCCACGUCUACACUGCCCGUCUCUCCUGCUGCUGCCACGUCUGCUGCCACGCCUGCUGCCACCUCCCCUACCUCCGGCCCUCUCACUGCUGCUUCCGACAUGCCUGCUAUCCCCAUGCCUGCCGACUCCGUGCCUGCUGACGUCAUGCCUGCUGACGUCAUGCCUGCUGACGUCAUUCCUGCUGACGCCAUGCCUGCUGACGCCGUGCCUGCUGAGGUCAUGCCUGCUGGCAACAUGCCAGCUGCCGACAUGCCAGCUGGCGACAUGCCAGCUGCCGACAUGCCAGCUGGCGACAUGCCUGCUGCCGUCAUGCCUGCUGAGGCCGUGCCUGUUGGCGAAAUGCCAUCACUUACGGAAUUUCGUCCGUCUCUUGUUGAUGGGGAGGGGAUGCAUGACAGGGAGGCAUGUGGGGAGGGCAGCAGUGGUGGAGAUGUUUGA